CAGCUCCCCUCGACCUUCGACAUUUUCUCUCCCUCAGGCGCAGGAUACUCAUCUCUUUGCGACCAGCUAAUCCCUCUCUAUCACCCCCCCAAAAAACCCCUCCUCCCACCAGUCGCAAUGGCCCCCAUCACUGCUCGCGGUCGCAAGGCCCAGAAGGUCACCCAGAAGUAUGUCAUCAACGCUUCUCAGCCCGUGAGCGACAAGAUCUUCGACCUCUCUGCUUUCGAGAAGUUCCUCCACGACCGCGUCAAGGUCGAGGGCCGUGUCGGUAACCUCGGUGACAAGGUUGUCAUCUCCCAGUCCGGUGAUGGCAAGAUCGAGGUUGUCUCUCACAUCCCCUUCUCCGGCCGCUACCUCAAGUACCUCACCAAGAAGUACCUGAAGAAGCAGCAGCUCCGUGACUGGAUCCGCGUUGUCUCCACCUCCAAGGGUGUCUACGAGCUCCGCUUCUACAACGUCGUCAACGACGAGGGUGAGGAGGAUGAGGAGUAAAUUACUCCUCCUUCCGGAACAACCAAAAAAAGCGAAAAAUGAUCGGACUUGCGGUGCGCUCGCAUCAGGGGGUUACCAACAAUGGGAGCGAUAUCUGAAUUGAGGGUUGUCACUUGGAGUCUGGUUUGGGUAUAGAUAUGCUCUACUGGGAGGGAUCCUAUACCGCGGUG